ACCAUACAUUUCAAAUGUAGGUACAUCGGCGUCCAUAUCUAGCAAAUAUUUGUCGACUGAAUCGGCUUGCUCGACUGUCACGAACAAAUACCCUCAUCUAACCACGGGGCAGUGCAUGUUCAUAAUGGAUGCAAAUAUUUAAUAACUGACAACGUUUUCGUGAAUAUACAUAUAUAGUGACGUUUGUGAUAUCCUCUCAAUAAAGAGUGCAGUACGAAAAGCACUGACUGAACCACAACAUUUCAUUAAUUAUUAUUUCGUCAGAGAUGCGACUAUGACCCUAACAAAAGUUGAUGAACAAACAAAGGAAUAUAGUAAUAGUGUGUUAUAUCAGUUGGAUAGAAAUUCAAACACAUUUCUCAAUGAAAUGAAAUUCGAAAUGACUUGCAACAAUAAGACGAAUGGUAUGACAGGAUUGUUAGACGGUAAAAAUAAGGAUGGAAAUGAGCUAAAAUCGGCGGCCGUACCGAUUGGCAGUAGUGUUUUAUCGGCCGCGGUAGAUAUAUCAAAGUUGGCUAAUUUUGGCAAGACACGUCGGGAAAGUAGUUCGUUAAGCCAUUCUCGGUCUUUGGUAUAUCUUGAUACAAGUAGUUCAGUGUUACCAUCUCGUACGUUGCUUCGGCGGCAGAGGCGUAUACAAUCCCAGGAUGCAGACGACAAGCAGGAGGAUUCAAUUGAGAGGUUGAAUCGCUUGCGAGCCCGAAUAUCGGGAGCAUUAAGUGAAGUGAAGGGCGUAUUAAAGCAUUAUAGCACCGAUGAUAGUGCUGAACCCGAGCAAUCAAAAAUUAAAACUGACGAUGAAUUAGAAAAAUCCGAAACACAGCCGCCUGUAACCGCAAUAUUAAAUAUAACAAAUAAUGGUCCAGUGAGUUUUCGUUUCGUUAAAAAAAUAAGACGGCGCAGCACCUUUAGUGAAGAUGACGCCGGUGAAGUGGAAAAAGAAACAGAGAAAGGAUUUCUAGAAUAUACGAAUCAUAAUGAAACUGCUAGUUGUACAAUUUCUGAAAAAGGUGAAGUAAUAGAAAUAGAUGCCAUAAGUGGUAUCAAAGUUAAUAACUCCACGGAACUUGCUUAUUUGAAAACAUCAGUUAUUAAUGAAUAUCCUAUGGACAAUAAGUUAAAAAAAAUAUCUACAGAAGAAACUGAAAAUCAGGAAAAGACUUUUGGAAAAUCGAAAUCCAUUAUUCGCCGAACUGAAAUUGCCGCUGUUGAAAGUUCACUUAAUGAUCCACCCUUUCAGCAAACCAAUUUAGAAUCCUUUACACAUGUAAAUAAUGUGAAACUAUGUCCUUCCAAAAAUAUUGACGAUGAUAUAGAUGAAAAAUAUAAAGGUCAAGUCGAAUCUAGUCGUAUUGGCAUCAAGGUUAAUAAUACUGCGGAACCUGCUUAUUUGAAAACAUCGGUUAUUAAUGAAUAUCCUAUGGACAAUAAGUUAACAAAAAUAUCUGUAGAAGAAACUGAAAAUCAGGAAAAGACUUUUGGAAAAUCGAAAUCCAUUAUUCGCCGAGCUUCAAUUGCCGCUGUUGAAAGUUCACUUAUUGAUCCACCCUUUCAGCAAACCAUUCCUAUUGCAGUGAAGAUAGAAAGGCGACCUUCUGAUUCUGAAACGGUGAUAAAGAGAAAAUCAAAAACUUCUGCCAACUUUGCAUCAAAUACAAAGGAAAAGGUCAAGGUCACCAUAGUGAAACGCUUGCCUGUUAAAAAUAAAACCGAUGCAAUAGUGAGGAAUGGAAAGGCUCUAAAAAAAAAACAGUACAAUAAUAAUGCUGAAGGAGCUUCUUCAAACACCACAGAAGAAACUUCUGCUGUGAAAGCGACAUCUAAUGUAGCUAUGCCAAGCACCUCAGAUACAUUGUCAACGCAAUUAGCGAUAACAGUCGCAAUAGAUGAUGCAUCAUUAAGAAGUGCCGAAAGGCCAGACGACAUGAAAAGCGAGGCAAUGCAGCCACUAUCAAUGACAACAAACAACUCGUGGUCGCCAACACAUUCCGUCAAUGGGGACGGUGUAAUGGUGGCCGCGUUAGUAAAUUCAUUGCAGACUGUCGAAGCAAGUAGUCAUACAAAACACGUAGAGACGCAACCGUCAAAUGCUUUAAUUAAUAGUGAAAAAGUGAUUAAACCCGUGAUAGAAAAAGUGGAGAAGCACACCAUAGUUGAUAUUCAAAGCGAUAUAAAGGCAACACCAACCCGCUGUUUAGAUACUCAACCAGAGUUCAACCUUGAAUCCAAUUUACAGGUCGUCAAUAAUUUAAAUCUCUUGGAAUCCUCAGAUAAAUUUAAGAAUACUGCACAAUUAGUAGUUAAAAAUAAGGACACAGAUUACGUUUCCAGUUGUAUCAAAAAAACUCAAAAUCCAGAACGACAGAUUACUCCAAACGCCACAAAUCAGCUUUUAUUGUCGCCACCUAUCGAUAUCCGAAUUAGCGAUAAAAUGCCAGAGUUGCAAGUAACUCCUACACCAGUAAAACCUCUGCAUGUUUUUGCAGAAAACAAGGCUGAUAAGAUAAAUAAUCCAACAAUGAACACAACAGUUAAUCAAAUUAUAAGUAAAACUCCCGUAGAUGAAUCCCCUGAAAUAACGAAAUUAGAUGAUAGUUCAUGCACAAAAAUUGAAGAACCUGAAGAAGACGAAAUAACUGAAAAUCAGCUUUCAGGCGGCAUUUCAUUUGAGAUUCCCCCAAGUGCAAGUGAAGAAAAUAUUUUAAGUAACGAAAUUUCGAUUACAGCAGAAAAUGCCAUUGAGGCGCUUGUUGCUCCACUACAACUCAAAAAGAACCGAAAAGUUAAAAAGAAGGUAAUAAUAAAAAGACAGCACCGCAAAUUGUCGGUAGGAGAGAAUACAUUCUUCAAAGAUACCGAUCAACCAGAUUGUUUACCAGCUGCUUCUGAGACUCUAGAAAAAGCAAUAGCCUACGUAACAGAUGAUGAAGACGACAUCGUAGGUAAUGAUGUAAACCCCGCUAUGCCCAUAAAGUCUUGUAUGAAGGCACGAGAAUUUCAAGUAGGUGAUUGGGUGAUGUAUGGAGAACGCUUUCGGAAGACUCAAAUACGUUGGAAAAAAGGCCAAAUUUCUGAGCGCAUUACAAGCAUUUCUUAUAAAAUCAAUAUUGACGACAAAGAAGUUUCGGCACAUAUUAACUACAUAAAAAAAUUUACUGGUCGACGGGUGAAUUUCGGUGGCAAAGAGUAUCUGGAAAUCGAUUAUGAACAGAUAGCAGAAGAAGAGCGUAGGGCGCAUACUUAUAGUAUUUGGAACAUGGUUUAAAGGUCAGGAAUCGGAAGUAAUUUAUACAUAUAAUCAAACUAUUACAUAAUCGUUGAGAAAAUAAUAUCGGUGUGAACGGAUAUGUAUAUACAGUAGACAAAAUCUUGUACAUAUCAUUGCAGAAGAGAAAUAGUAUCACCUCCCUU